AUGCGAGUAAGUACUAUUGAUGACUGUCUUAAGCUGCAAACAGACUUCGACUCUUUUUCUAUAUGGUCAAGUCCGUUGGGACUUUUACUCAAUCCCUCUGAGUGUCAGGUUUUUACUUUUGGUAAAAUAAAAUCUCCUUUUAAAUUUCCUUAUAGUCUGGGUGAAAACAAUAUUCCACGAGUAUCUGAUUAUGUAACGGACCUUGGCUUCAAAUUAAGUUGUUACCUUGAUCCUAGUUAUCACAUUAAUUACGUGUGUUGUAAGGCAUUUAAAUCACUUGGGUUUGUUAUGAGGUUAUCUAAAGACUUUCAGUUUGAUAUUUCAAUUAAAACGUUAUAUUGUGCCCUUGUCCGCCCUAUUCUUGAAUAUGGUUCUGUUGUCUGGGAUCCCCAUACAGCUAAUGAUUCACGGCAUUUGGAGCGAGUCCAACAUAGGUUUCUGCGUUUUGCGUGUCGCAUAUUGCAUAUCCCUUGUCAUUCACAUGAUUAUUCUCCAGUAGCUAAUGUACUUGGUCUAUCUUCUUUAGCUGAACGUAGACAUACUGCGGGUAUUAGGUUCAUCGAUGGGUUAUUGAAUGGUAAAGUCGAAUCGUCUGCAAUUUUAUCCCUAAUUUGUUUUAAAGUACCUCAGCGUUCAACCAGAUCUACUACUCCUUUUUACGUCCCGCAUUCCACCACAAAUUACAUAGCAAAUGAGCCACUUAGGCGAUUAAUGUCUAACGCCAAUGCGGACACUAACUUCACAUUUUGUUGA